AUGAAAUCGGACCAUGAUCCCAUAGGUCGCGUCUCUGCACCUGACAGAGCGCCUGGUUAUUCGGCAUCCCCGAGCUCUGCUGUGCCUAACCCAGCCCCUCGGGCUCCUGCUACGGGGGAUCCCUGGACCUCCGUCGGUCCCGGUUGGGAUGCACCGGAUGGCUGGGAUGAGGAUGGAGCGCUGCGCAAUUCAUGGCGAGCGUUCGCUGUCUCGUGUGACCAGCAAAUUCGAAACCUCGUGCAGGUGUAUUUUGAGAUUGUAUAUCCAAUCUUCCCUUUGUUUCACAAACCCACAUUUAUAGAAAGGAUUCAUAGCGGGGAACAUCUUCGGAAUCAAGGCUUGUUUGCCUCUACAAUGGCGGUCUGCUCGUUGGUCUCGGGCCGUGCUCGCGACGGGGCGCUAUACAGCACUCGAUGGCGUCGGGAGGACCUGUUGCAUCCGCCCUCCGAGACUUUUUACGCUGCAGCGAAAGACUCUAUUCCUCGUGACCUAGCUAAUGCAAAAGGGUUUAACUACAUGCGAGCAUGUGCUGUCCUUGCCAUUGCCAGCAUUCAAAAUGGCCAAAUAAAGAACAUGCAAAAAUACGCAGGCUUAUACCACACACUCACUCUUAUGGAGGGUUUCCAUGACGAGAAGCUGUGGCCGAAAGAUAUCAGUCCGAUCGAGGUCGAAGAACGACGCCGACUGUUUUGGUCUAUUUAUACACUGGAUAUAUACUCGACCAUUGUCUGGGGCGGUGUGAUCAGACACCGUGAAGCUCACUCACUAGUGAGAUAUCCUAGUGAGGUUGAUGAUGAGUUCAUUACCCCCCAUGGCUAUGGUAUACCGCCUACGUCCCCGGAAUCAUCUGCACCGAGCCAAGGCGAAGGGCAUAUGGUCUCACGGCAGCCGGUCACUUGGAUGCAUGGUUGGAACUUUACGACAGAUCUCUAUCGUGUGCUUGAACAUGUUGUGGAUGGCACGCGUCGAAGAUUCUCUUCGGCAAACGGGACGCAGGAAGUUUGGUCUCUUUUCAGCCCGGCAUCCAUGUCCGAGCCUGCUGUUAUGGAGCGGGUUCGCUCGAUGUAUGCUGCACUGCCUCCACGAUUUCGGGAGACUCCACCAAUCACUGGAGAUAUCUCGCGCGACCUCUUCGGCUUCCAAUCUGCCAAUAUCCAAGCUACCCUCCAGCUCCUUCGGAUGGUUCUUUUGUCAGCAGAAGAGACCGGACUGGACAGGAAAUGUGACGUCGCUGGCGAGCUUCUGACGGUGUUUUCGAAGGUUCCUGUAGAGUACUUGAAAGCCAUCAGCUCUCCCUUGCUUCAUCACCUGGGCGGAGUCGGGUAUAUCCUCGGUUCUGUCAUGGAGGGUAGUCUUUCCGACGCGUCAUAUCAGCGUGUUCGCACGUUACUACGGCUACAUGCGAACCUCUCGCCUCCUGAAUCUCUCCGCGGUCCCUCCACCCCGAAUGGAAUAUCACCCGUCGAGAACAAGUCAGAGCCCAUAGUGCCGCCGUAUGCACAGGCAGCGCCUCCGAGCACUGGCAAUGCGAUGGGUGACCAGCUGCUCCAGUUCCAGAUCCCGCAAGAGCUUCUGGCCGACUGGCCUUGGCCGCUGGAUAAUUCACAUUCAGAGGGAUUUUUACCAUUGGCCUUUGAAUAA